UAUCGGUCACAAUAGUUGUGUGUAGCGCUGUGCACAAAUGACAGUGGGAUAUUAACAGUACAAGUAUGCCGCGGACUGGAUACCUGAAUGUCAUGUGUACUCGCGAUUUCUAAUGGAUUAUAACACCGUUUGAAAGCAUCUUGUAUGAUUGUCUGUCAUUAGGAUACAUGUGUGAGCCAUGGAAAAGAACAAGAUCAACGGCGCCUCUCUGCAGCUGGAAGACUACGGCGCCACGUCCAAACGCCAGUCGGAGGACAAGGUGAAGAUCGUGGAUGAAGAUGUGCUGGCUUCUAUGUCACAAGACAAUCUCAGCGACUCGAAGUAUCUGGGGAACUUGGGAUGCUACUUCAAAGAUGAAAGGAGGAAAAUCGAUUUCGUGAUUGUGUACGAGGACUCCCUGGACAAGAAACUUGGGGUGAAACCUGCCGAGGAGAAACAUGUACAAUGGCGAGAGAAGUUCAUGCGCAAUAUACGGAAAGCUGGACUUGAAACGGAAGAGGAGAGCCUAGAGAGUGACAAGAAAAUUAUCAACUUUGUGAAAAUCCACGCUCCAUUCGAUGUCUGCUGCUGCUACGCGGAGGACCUCAGCAUGAGGGCGCCACUGCAGUAUUACAACUGUGCUCAUCUGUUAAACAUUACAACAAAGUAUUACAACUAUGCUCAUCUGUUAAACAUUACAACAAAGGCCCACCCGAACCCCAGCGACAACUGGUCGCAGAAGGUUCUGCGUGCGGUCCGCAUCCCAAACAUGAUGAGCCAGGACGUCCCCAACAGACCCCUCGACUACUACACCUGCCAGUUCAAGCGUUCCAAGCUCGACAAGUUCCUUGGCCAUGAGAACCACGACACGUUCUUCUCGUCGACUCAGAGGAGCCAGAUGGUGUGGGAGAUCCUGUCCACCGCCACGUACGGCAAGAAGAAGAAGGCCGAGAUCGGAGUGGAGAGAAUGAUUGAGGAAGACACAUUUGUUGCAGCGUUUCCCCUACAUGAUGGUCCCUGGGAGAAACCGAAGCACUAUGUUGCCCCCGAGGAGUUGAACCAGAGACAGGUGUUGUCCCGGUACUGGGCGCGGUGGGGCGUGUGGUUCAAGUACCAGCCGCUCGACCACAUCCGAGAAUACUUUGGGGAGAAGAUCGGCAUCUACUUCGCCUGGCUGGGUUUCUACACAGCGUGGCUACUCCCGGCUUCAAUUGUUGGUGUGAUAGUCUUUCUCUAUGGCUGCUUGACUAUGAACACUAAUAUCCCAGCUGUGGAGGUGUGUACGAGUGCGGAGAAGUACAAGAUGUGCCCCCUGUGUGACGAGGACAUCGGCUGUGAGUACUGGUACUUGUCUGACGUGUGCCUAUUUGUGAAGAUUGCCUACCUGUUUGAUCACCCGGGGACCGUCUUCUACGCUGUCUUCGUCUCUUUCUGGGCUGUGACAUUUUUGGAAUACUGGAAGAGAAAGAAUGCCAGCUUAGCUCACCACUGGGACGUGCUGGACUUUGAGGAGGAAGGGGAGCGCCCCCGACCUGAGUAUGCUGCCAAGGCCCCUGAGUUCAAGGAGAACCCGAUCACUGGGGUGAAGGAGCCCUACUUUAACCCUCGGGACCGAAUACCGAGGAUACUUUCUGGCAUGGCUGUCAUUGUCAUAAUGAUGGUGCUUGUCAUCGUGUUCAUCAUCGCUGUGAUCAUGUAUAGGGUGCUUGUGAGCAUCCCACUGUUCGAGAACAAGGCGCUGCGGUCGAAAGCGUCCAUGAUUGCCAGCUUGUCUGCUGCCGUAGUCAACUUGCUGCUUAUUAUGGCGCUCGGCAGGGUGUACGAAAAACUGGCUUUAAAACUCACACAGUGGGAGAUGCAUCGAACUCAGAGCGAAUUUGAAGACCAGCUGACAUUUAAAGUGUUCAUUUUCCAAUUCGUCAAUUUCUACUCCUCCAUCAUCUAUAUUGCUUUCUUCAAAGGAAGAUUUGUUGGCUACCCAGGCCAUUACAGCCGAUUGUUUGGCUUGAGGAGUGAAGAGUGUAACAAUGGAGGCUGUUUGAUUGAGUUAGCCCAGCAGCUGGGCGUCAUCAUGAUUGGUAAACAGAUGAUAAACAACGCACAGGAAGUGUUAGUGCCGAAAAUGAAAACAUGCUGGCAUCGGUUUAAGGCAAGGAUAGACAGCAACGCCAUGCAGACUCGGUGGGAGGAGGAUUAUAAACUCAUCGAGAAUGAGGGACUGUUCCAGGAGUACCUUGAGAUGGUCCUACAGUUCGGCUUCAUCACCAUCUUCGUUGCUGCCUUCCCACUGGCGCCAUUGUUUGCCCUCCUCAACAACUGGGUGGAGAUACGCCUUGAUGCCAACAAGUUCGUGAGUGAGACGCGUCGCCCUGUGGCUGAGCGGGCGGAGGACAUUGGGGUGUGGUUCCAGAUCCUCGAUGCCCUGGCACAGUUAGCCGUCAUCAGCAAUGCCUUCCUUAUAGCUUUCACGUCGGAGUUCCUGCCACGAUUGCUGUACCAGUACGAGUACAACUGGUCUCUUAGUGGCUACACCAAUUUUACACUGUCGACAUCGCCGAACGGGACAAUGAAUGAAAUCUGCAGAUACAAAGACUUCCGAGAUCCUAAUGGGGAGUAUUCCUUAUUUUACUGGCGGCUCUUGGCAGUCAAGUUAGGAUUUGUUAUCUUGUUUGAGCAUGUCGUGUUCGGCAUCUGCCGGAUGAUUGACAUCCUGGUGCCGGACGUGCCCGAGGCGCUGGAACUGAAGAUCAAGAGAGAGCGCUACCUGGCCAAACAAGCCCUGGCUGACACAGCCACCAUAAUGAUGAUGGCUGCUGGACAAGAAGAGGACGAAGGUGACGCCGCCCCGGAGAACGUGGAAAUAACUCUCCCCGAGAAAUCUGUGUAAUGCUUGGGUCGAGCGAUCUCAACACAUUAGGUUCUCAUUUAAACAACAAUCCACCUUAACCACUCGUUUUUUGUGUGUUGAUUUAAUACUGCUUUUUUCAUAUCCCUCUCAUGAAAGGCACACACACUGUUAUUGAUUUUGUUCCUGAAGAAAAAAGAUUUUAUUACCUCUUAAUGGAACCCAUGUUGCAGAUGACCUUAGGAAAAUGGAGGUCAGGCAGCUUGGGAGAAGGUGAUCUCAGAUAUCUUCUAGUUUCAUUUGAAAACUUCAGUCACUGCUACCUCAGGAGCAAACUGAACAAAUUUAAAAUAAAUAUUUUCUUCCUCUUUAAUUUUCCUACUUGAUCGAUGUGCCUUUAAUGUCGGUUUAAUCCAUUUCUUUCCAUGUUCAGAAAUACUUAAUUCUUUGAAGUUUGACUUUCUUCUUGAACCAAGAAAUCCCACCCAAGUUGUAACAGAUUGUUACAAUGUGUCCAUGUCAUCACUGUGAUGGCUCGAGUUGGACAGGUUACCUUACCUGAAUGUUUCUCAAGAAACAGGUGCUUGUUUCCUAGGCUAGAUAUUAAUAACAACAGUUUUACAGUAUUACAAAUCCCGUUUCUCAAUUAUCAAAUUUGAAGAAAAAGAAAUAUUGUUAAAAAAACAACCUAAAGUAAUUUC